UAUGGAGGAGAAUCGUAUUAGAUUCCUGGUAGGGGCUAUAUACGAUGUGUUACCAACCACCCAGAACCUAAAACUGUGGGUAAAUGGGGACCCAUCAUGCCCAUUGUGUUCAGGUACCACAAACUUAAAGCAUAUUUUGUCAGGCUGUAAAGUUUGCUUGUCACACAAGGCCAGUAUACAUGGUGACAUAACUAGGUGUUUAAAAGUUUAGCUGCAGGCAUCGAAGGGAAACAAAGACAGGCAGAUUCAGAAGAUUUUAAGAAUAGGAGUUUAGCAAUUCAGUUUGUCCAUGAGGGGGAGAAAUACAGAAGUGUAGUACAGUAGUAAGGAGGCAAGGGUGUGGCCGCCUAGAGGGUGCUUGUGAUUGGGAAAUGCAAGUAGAUUUAGGGGGAAAGCUUGUUGUUCCGCAGGAAAUAGUUUGUGCCACUCAGAGGCCUGACAUAGUGUUGUGAUCAGUGACUCAAUGGAUAGUUUAUUUCAUUGAGCUGACAGUUCCUUGAGAAGACUCAGUGGAAGAAGCCUAUGAAAGAAAAAAGCUUAGGUAUGCAGACUUAGGAGCAGAAGCUGAGCAGAGAGGGUGGAAAACUAGAAUUUGUCCAGUGGAAGUGGGGUGUAAUGUCAGGUGGGGGCCAGCAGGGGGACCUACUAAGCAGGGUACAUAACUCCUUGAGAUCAGGUGGAGAGAUGCACCAAUCAGUCCUCUCAGGAUAAACUCCAGGAAGAGGAAGGUUAAUUAAAUGUGGGAGUGGCCUAUUUGAGUCCCUUUUGUUUGAGACCAUGCUGCAAGGUGAGUGUGUGGCUGAUUCUGCGACUUUAUCUUCUCUAUCUCUUUUAACUUUAGCCUUUAACAACAGCUGCCCAGCUGUUGUUAAAGGUCCCCAACAGCCCAGCCUUUUUGAUAUUUUCUCUAUAGAGACGUUACCACAACAGAGUAAAAAGGGAAAAAUGCCGGCGUGAAACAGCAGAGGCACUUUAUCAACCUGUCUAGGUUGCGUGAAACACAGCGGACCCUUUUCUACAGCUUUUACUGCGGACAAUGGCUUCAAUUAACGGUCCAGCUGCUGACGAUUCCGGAGUUGAAAACCGUGCCCCUGCACCCCGCCGCAGCAGCCCUGCAGCACAAAGACGCACACUUUCGUUGAAAAGGCGCAGAACAGACCCUCCAGCCUCUGCUGCUAGAGAUUUUAUACCUGCACAGCGCAGGCCACUGAGACCCCUCCAUCAGUUUUCUAGCGGGUUUAACACUGCCUGGGCGAUUCACCAGGACUACCCGGCUGAAAAUUUCCAGAGGGUUACACCGUCAGGACAAGGAUUUCUCACUGCUCAACCGCCUGAGCUGACGGCCACGCAAGAAACAAGUGCCGCGGUAGCUGCGUUACUGGUUGUCCAGGGAUUAUCUGCGGGUGAAGCGGGGAGCGCACUAGGAUCGGGCGGUGUAGAACCGGCUCCAAAGGCUGUUGAGGAGUGCUUCAACGGCACAUUCGAGGAGGUCGGGGAGUCUGUGAACUCGUUUCCUAACGGUCGAGAGGAAGUCGGCGGAACAGCGGACGCCCAGCAGCGUGAGAGGGCAUCGAUCAGUGAGGAACACGGGCCAUCUCCUCCUCCUCCUCCUCCGCGCCGUCGGCUAUUUCACGAGGGAAUAUCUACAGAGGCUUUGUGGAGCCAGCAGGAGUCGCUCUUCCCACCACAGGACACCAGCCUACAGCAUCAGCACGAACAGAGUGGACCAAUAAAUGCAGCAUACAGUGAGGCACGUGAGGUGCUGGAGCAGCAGGCAGAGCCAGCUGAUGACCCUGGACCCCCAUCAAAGAAAGCAAGGGACUCUUGUGCUCUGGCUGAUCUCCUGUGGAACACAUACACUCCAGUAGCAGUGUCCAGAACCGCAAAUGACAAGGCAUUAGAUGAGGUGAUGAGAAAUUCGGAAAAAGGCCGAAAUAUGCAAAAAAGUUUUUAUGCUUGGAGGGGGUGGAAAUGUCUGCCUAUCGAUAUUAGGAAAAUGCAACUUUUAGCAAUGGAAACAGAUUUAGCAAAUAAACAAUGACGUAGGCUACCGAAUCCUACUUCUACUUCACACACACCUGUGUGAACUUAGAGAGAGGUAAUUACUCCAGUGUCAGGUAGGCUAUUUCACAACUUACCUGAAUAGACUGGAUGUGUUGAAUACCACUGCAUCAUGUGCGCUGCCUGGUGUACCAACACAGACAUUAGGGAUGUCCCGAUCCGAUAUUUAGAUCGGUAUCGGCCGCCAAUAUUAGCAAAAAACGGGCAUCGGCAUCGGAUCGGACUGCAUGGAAAAAUGACGCUCCAUGAACUCCGAUCCAGUUUUUCACGGAGUCCGUGCCAGGUUUUCCGGCCAGCCCAGCGCUCCGCGAUUCAAGCAGUCCAUUCCAGUGAUCCGCUCCAGCUCUUACUAUCAAUCCACCAGGCCAGCAUGCAGACGGCAGAUACACAGAGGGUAGGAAGAGUAGCGGUCAAUUUAGUUAACUGACUAUUUGUUUUCUGCUGUUUUUUGUUUCUUGUGUUGAUUCAUUUUCUAUUUAUUAAGGUGCCAAAGCAGUCAAAGCAAACCAGCUAUAUUUUUUAUUUAAUGUUAAUGUUCAAGUUUAAAGUUUGUUUAUUUAACCCUGUUAACAAUAAACAGGUCAGUUUCUCAUACCAACUGUUGUGGAUCAUUCUAACUAACCUGAUUAAGUAGUUGUUCUUUGCUUGAUCAAACCUUUUCUGACAUGACUGACAACAAAAUAAGUGAAUAUGUAUAAUAUAUGCUUGGAUCGGAUCGGUAUCGGUAUCGGCCAAAACACAAGGCUGUAAUAUUAGUAUCGGAUCGGUAGUGAAAAAGCUGGAUCGGGACAUCCCUAACAGACAUCACGGCAUUAUGUAGGCUACGCCGACAACGCUGAUAUGAGUGUGAUGAGAGCUCUCACAAUAGCCAAGAAGUUCCCAAGGAAUCUCUCCAUCUCGUUGUAGUCAUAGAUGUGCCGGUAAUUGUUUACAUUAGUUGUGGACAUGAGACGCUCUCAAUGACGUCAUCUCAUGGCACCCUCUUCUUCUACGGGUGUUUUUUGCAUUUUCAUUUUUUAUGAGAAGCGCCACCUUCUGCUCGACCUGUUGACUCCCAAUACUCGCAAAACAAUAAUGAAUGGAACCGUGCAUAAAUUUGUAUUUUCUUUGGCGCAUUUUCACAAAAUUCGCUUAAAAUUUUCGAUACAUUUGGAUGGAAACCCAACUAUUGUCACAGCCCAGAGAAGUGCACUGAGGCCUGAACAUGUAGACCAGCUGAUUUUCCUAAACAAAAAUCUACAUGUGCACAUCUAGUAUGUAACCAGAAAUGAAGGCACUUAAUUCUGAUGUGUUAUUGUUCAAUAAUGUUAUGUGAGUUAUAUCACAGUUUCAAGAGUAAAGUAUAAGUAUAAAUAUAAUUCUACAUACAACAUUACAUUACAUUUAAAGUUUACAUGCACUUUAGUUUUAAUAGAGUACUGUUGUUUUUUACUUUUGUACUCCAUACUCAGCAUUAGUAAUAUUGUGUUAAUGCUUUGUAUUCAGAUGUUUUAUUGCUCAGAAAUGUUGUAUGAGUUACAACACAAUUGCCAAGAGAAUAGAAAUAUAAUUUAAGUAUGCACUUAAGUUUUAAUACAGUAUUGUCAUAUUUUUUUACUUUUGUACUCCAGCACACAUAUUAUUGUGCUAAUUCUUUAU